GAGUUGAAUGAGUGUGCUAUAUAAACGGUCAUUUUAUUUUUCGCUACGAAAUAUAUUCGUUGUGUUUUUUUUUUUAUUUCAGAUAGAAAAAAAAUGUGAUCAAAACACUUAAAGCGCGCAACAAUGAUGAUUUGGCUUUGAUCGCGACCGAACGAUAAAAAAAAUGUGUUAAAAAUUGGUGAUGAUUAUGUGUCGUAGUUUUAGGUCAAAUUUGUACCAAUUGUUUUCACUCUCGCCCCAAAAAACAAACACAAAAUCGCUUUAAUUCGAUCGUAAAUAUCUUUUUAUUUUACCCACUGACGUUCGGUGCUUUUCUUCUUCUUUUUUCUGUUUUGUUGCUCCGUUUCAAUAUUAAGAGCCGAUUUUGGGAUCGUGAUAAAAAACGACGAAAAAAAAAAAUAAAUAAACCGUCAACAAUAAGUGAGAGAGAUAUCAAUAUUUCAUGCAUUGAUAUGCGGUGUGCAAGAGUGACAGACACACACACACAUACUUCCAAUUGAAAAUACAAAAAUUGUUGGCCGUUGAUCGUAAACGAAGAAAGAGAAGGGGCACAUCACCACACACAGAAGAAAAAAACAGAAACACACAACAUAUAAUAAACCGAUUCCCAUUGAGCACGAUUCGAAAAACAAUAUUGUGCGCUUGAUGCGCACAGAACUGAUUUAGUUCGCGCGAGGUGUUCAAAUCAUCAAAACCUCUUAAAUAUGUGAAACACGUGCGUCAAAUUCGUUUCUGUUUUAUUGUUCCGGUACGUUUAAGUUUCCGUUUGUUUUCCGUCAUUGUUGCGGAGUCAACUUUAAUUGACGUGCACUUUCGUUUCAAUAGACAAUUUUUUCUGUGUUGUUAGUUGCCUAAGUUCAUUCGGUGUUUAUCAACGUGCGGCUAUCUUAACGUAGAAUAAUAGUUUUUUUUUUGUUAAAUUCAACUGUGACAUUCGUUUCAUUGCAAAGCUGAAGAGAAAAACAAUUUCAAAAUGGAUAAAAAAUUUGUGAACGUGCUAUUUCUUGGGUUCGGGUUUAUGUUCCUGUUUACCGCCUUCCAGACCAUGGGAAACAUCGAGAAAACCAUCCUGCAGAGUAUAGCAAACGAGGAUCCAGAUUUUAAAGGCGAUGGAUAUACUAGUCUGGCGAUAAUUUAUGCGGCGCUGGCAAUAUGCAAUUGGCUCGCACCAUCGGUAAUAACGAUAUGUGGCCCAAGAGGCGCAAUGUUCAUCGGUUCGCUUACAUACUGCUUUUUCAUGGUGUCAUUUUUGUAUCCAAAAACUUGGUUAUUAUAUGUGGCAAGUGGUGUAUUGGGAGCUGGUGCAGCAUUGAUUUGGACCGGACAAGGUAGCUAUUUGUCGCGUUGCAGUAAUGAAUCCAAUAUUGCACGUAAUUCAGGUGUAUUUUGGGCAAUGUUGCAAGCAAGCAUGCUGAUGGGCAAUUUGUUUGUGUAUUUCCAAUUCCAAGGGAAAGACCACAUCGAUGCCGACACACGGCAUAUUGUUUUUAUCGCGCUCAUUGCGGUUGCAAUCGUUGGUGUUAUAUUCUUCUGUGUGUUGCGCCGUGUUCAUAACACAUUCGAAGAAAAUGAACGUGACCGAGAAUUAGACUAUGCAUCGAAUAGCAAUAGUAUUAUUGGAGCAUUUGUUAAAGCCAUCAAACUGUUCUUUACACGGGACAUGCUAUUGUUGUGUAUCACUUUCCUCUAUACAGGCUUUGAGCUAUCGUUCUACAGUGGUGUGUAUAGCCCAAGCAUUGGAUUCACAUCGAAAAUGGGCGAAUCGGCCAAGCAGCUGGUCGGUUUGUCUGGAAUUUGUAUUGGAAUUGGUGAAAUAUUUGGUGGCGUACUGUUCGGUUUGCUCGGUUCAAAAACCAUAAAAUACGGCCGAGAUCCCAUCGUUAUUAUCGGAUUCAUCGUUCAUUUGAUCAGCUUUUUGCUUAUCUUUUUGAAUCUACCCGACAAUGCACCAUUCAACGAUACACAGGAUAUUGGCUUCUUCGAUCCACCACUUGCCUGGGUUGCAUUGUUGUGUUCAUUAUUGCUUGGUUUUGGCGAUGCAUGUUUCAACACACAAAUCUAUUCGAUGCUCGGUGGUGCAUUUGCCAGCAAUUCCGUUGCCGCAUUUGCUGUUUUCAAGUUCACACAAUCGAUAGCAGCGGCAAUGAGCUUUGUAUAUUCAUCGCAUUUGGGAUUGCAUGCACAGAUGACGAUUUUGCUUGUGUUUGGCAUCAUCGGUACGAUAAGUUUCUGCAUGGUAGAAUGGAGCUUCAAACGGGCAGCCAGUCAAUCGUUGAAAGCUCGCACCAAAGACGGUGGCGAUAAACUACAAAUUGAAGUACAUUCCGACUAAAAAAAACAACAACCAACGAAAAUAUAAUCAAUCGAAAUGCCAUCCAGUUUUAUAGUUAAUAACAUUAUUGUGUCGUAAACAAAAACAAAUACAUAUAUAUAAAAAAAAACAACACGAAGCGAAAAAUAAAACUUUUCUUUUUUAACUCA